AUGGAUCAAGAAGACGAGAACCAGGGGUUGUCUGAUGGAGUGGAGUGUGAGCAGGAGUUUGAGGUGAGCUUGUCGGAGAGCGAGGGGCGGGGCCAUUCACCAGAAGGUCAGCCGGUUAUUACUUCUCGGCUGUCAGUUAAGCAUGUUGUGGAGACAGUUGCAAAAUUCGAUGAGUACGAAAGAUGGCUUGUAUCUGAAAUUGGAUUCGGUGGAAUUCUGAAGCUCCCAAUGCAUGCGAAGCUGGAUCUGAAAAUGAGUGCUUGGGUCAUGAGGAAGGUAAAUGCUCGGCGGUGUGUAAUUGAAAUUGACGAAGACAAGAAGAUAGGUUUUACAGCCGAAGAUUUCCACAAGGUGUUUGGUAUACCGUGUGGGAAUCGAGAUGUGUGUGGUAGGGACGCACAGAUUGCGGAUGGGGCAAUCCAUUUCAUCAAGCGGACGAUUGGGAUGGAGGGUUCAGUAGCUGGGAACUUGAAAGUGGCUGAAAGCUUUGUAAACAGAGAUAUAUCUGAAGACUCGAGCAACAUAGAGAGGGAUUGUUUUCAAAUUGCAUUAGUAAUAUUUGUGAUGGGCUAUUUGGUAGCAUCGUGCACAAAGCAUGUUUCGAUGACGAUUGAUUUCUGGGGUGCUUUGGCUAAUCCUGAAUUGAUAUCCCAAUUCAACUGGUGUGAGUAUGCUAUCCAGAAGCUGAUGUCAGCGGUUCUGAAGGUGCAGAGUGAUUUUGAAAGCAAAGCAGGAACGGUUCACUUGUUUGGAUGUCAUGUUUUCUUCCAGAUAUUCUUGCUGGACAACAUUGAGCUUGGGAUGUUCAACAUGCCACACUUUGUAUUGCCCCAUGUGCAGCGGUUUGAGCAGAAAAUACUUGGUCAGAUGAUCAUAAUGGCGUAUGGCAUGAAACAUGGGAAGAUGAGUUAUGUCCCAGCAGGGGUGCGUCCUGCGGACCUAGUAUGCUAUUCGCGGCCAGAGCUGAGGAGUGAAGGAUGCAUUGGAGGUGAUAUGUUGUCAGCUUCAGGAAAACAAUCAAGCUCAGGUGUGCCAAACAGAGUGGAGCAGCGGACUCCUGAUUUGUACGUACGUGGAUCAAUGGCGCCACCAGUCUUGUUGGGUGAUGCUAGGUCGGCGUACCAUUCAUUUGGUCCGAGGGAUUUCGCAAACCAUCUGCGUCAGACGUGCCAGGGUGAUCCGGUUCUCGAAGAGCUGAGUUUGAUGCUGAAGCAACAAAAUGCAAAGUGCACGAUGAGCAUGUCGUUGAUGCGGAGUAGGAUGCAGUCCGACAUGCUAUGUUUUGCUGACAGAAUCGUUUCACUGGUUCAGGAGCGAUGUAGAUGUUGUCAAAAACGUGGCAGGUCAAAGUGCAUCACACUUGAUGGGUCUCUUGAGUCAGAUGAAGGAUCAAGUGGUUUAAGAUUUGUAAGAAAGUAG